CCUCUCUUUCACUGCAUUCGAGACCCUCUGCCGUUCGGGGUAUUGUAUUCCGUCACGGCACUUCGCUCUCGGUUCCCGUCCGCUUCGACUAUAAAGCCAUCCUUCCAUCCGCCAACCCCCACUUUCCCCUCGGCUGACACCUUUAUCUCAAGACAACCACGCCAAUCCGCGACAAUGGGCUCAACCACCACCACCAAACCCAAGGUUCUCUUGAUCGGCGACAUCGACCACGCACACGCCACCUGGUCCGGGCUCGGCGACAUCGCGGAGCUGGUCGAGACGAAGGCCAGCAACCGCGCGGAGUUCCUCCAAGAAUGCCAGUCGGGCGCGUAUGACGGGGUGGUAGCGGCGUACCGCACGCUGGGGUCGAUCAACAUCACGGGGCUGUUCGACCAGGAGCUGGUGGACGUGCUGCCGUCGUCUCUGCAGUGGAUCGCGAAUUGCGGAGCUGGCUACGACCAAAUUUCAAUCCCAGCCUGCACAGCGCGCAAGCUGCGCGUCUCGAACGUCCCGACAGCCCCGGACAACGCAACUGCCGACGUGAACAUGUUCCUAAUCCUAGGCGCGCUCCGGAACUUCAACGCAGGGAUGCUGAACCUGCGCAACGGGACAUGGCGCGGGGUGCCAGGUCAAACGCUACCGGCACUGGGCCACGACCCGCAGGGCAAGACGCUGGGGAUCCUGGGGAUGGGUGGCAUCGGGCGCAAUCUGAAGCGCAAGGCGGAGGCGUUCGGCAUGCGCGUGAUCUACAAUAACCGACGGGCGCUGCCGGCGCAGCUGGCCGACGGGGCUGAGUACGUCAGCUUCGACGACUUGCUCGCCACCAGCGACGUGAUCAGUCUGAAUCUGCCCUUGAACCCGAGCACCCGGCACAUUAUCAGCCAUGCGGAAUUCGCGAAGAUGAAGGAUGGGGUUGUGAUUGUGAACACCGCACGUGGGGCUGUUAUGGAUGAGGAGGCGCUGGUGCGCGCCCUCGAGGCUGGGAAGGUGUUUUCCGCCGGUCUGGAUGUCUUUGAGGAUGAGCCCGCGGUGCAUCCCGGUUUGGUUAAGAAUCCUAACUGUGUGCUUGUACCGCAUAUGGGGACUUGGACUGUUGAGACUCAAACCGCCAUGGAGGAAUGGACAAUCGCGAAUAUCCGCUCCGCGCUGGAGACGGGCAAGCUGAAGAGCCCCGUCCCCGAGCAGGCGGAUCUUUAG